UGCGCAGUGCGCACUUACACUAAAUUAAAUUCAGUUUUCGCGCGGUAAACUGCGCGAGUAGACGUACGGUCAUGCGAGAGUCGGCUAGCAGGAUGGCCGAACUCGAAUUCGAGGCGCCGCUUGCCCAAAUCGAAGAUGCUGACGAUUGUCUCUCCACUGCGGACUUUCCGCAGAAAACUAUCAACGGCAAUGACAUAAAAUUCAAUAACAUCAACAACCUAAAAAGUGAAAUAGUCAUAAUGAAAACUGACUCCAACAAAAUAAACGAUAAUGAUGAACCGAAACCGGUGAAGUGUAAACAGGAUAAUAUGCAAAAUGGUGAGGGAGAUAAUUUUACGGAGACUUUCUCGGGCUCGCUGGAGGAUCUGGUGAACACGUUCGACGAGAAGAUCACCAAGUGCUUCGGCAACUACGAGGAGAGCGUGGAGAAACUGGCGCCGGUGCAAGUUCGUUCGCAGGAAGAAAUUAUGAACGAGUGCCAAAUGUGGUGGACAAUUACAGGAAACUUCGGCAACAUUCUACCCAUAGACUGGACAAAGUCCUUCUCGCGAAAAAUGCACAUUCCUACCUUAAACCUAAGUGAUAAGAAGAGCGGCUACACAACUUUCCAGAGCGCCAUGACGCCGGACGACGAGAUCCACAGCUCUGAGGACGAAGCCGUGGCCUCGGAUCUGGACAUGCACGCGCUCAUCCUGGGCGGCUUGCACCAGGACCAUGAGUGUCCUGUUAAAACUGCUGAUGAGGUGAUACAAGAAAUAGAUGACAUGAUGCAAGAAACUCCAUCAUCUGAAGGAGACAUCAUCGAGUACAACGAGGCUCUGGAGAAAGGGAAGGAAGUUCUGAGCUCGCCUCUCUACGAAGAUAAACUACGCCAUCUCUCUCUUGCCCAACUGAACGAGAUAUUCAUGGAGUUAGAGGUCCUAAUCCGCGAGUUCUCUGAAACUCUCAUAGCAGAACUGGCCCAUAGAGACGAACUGGAGUAUGAGAAAGAGUUGAAGAACACUUUCAUAUCUCUUCUACUAGCUGUUCAGAAUAAGAGGAGACAAUAUCAUAUAGAGAAGAAGAAGAGAUCUGGUCCACAACGUUCGCCGUCUCUUAGCGUUACUACUACCGCUGAACCUAAGUACUUGACCACAGUGAUCCCGUUCCACCUGGAUAACGGGCCGCCCGACAACCAGUCGCUGCAAGUUCUUAUCAAGAUUCUAAAAGCCAUCAACGAAGACAGCCCUACAGUACCGACCCUGCUCACAGAUUACAUUCUCAAGGUCUUGUGCCCAACAUAAAUCUCAAAACUUGUUUAGCUAAUUAAAAAAAAUAUCCGAAACUACUUUAUGUAAAGAAAUUUUGAUCUACAUAAUCAAUUUUUCAUCAUACAUAUUUAUAUUAUAAUGUCACUGAAUAAAAAAUACAAACUUUUUACAAAUUCAUUGAUUUCAAUUAAAUCACCAUGAGUCUAGCAAGGGUUAGAAAUUAUUUGCUCUUUAAUAUAUUAUUUUGUCUGUGGUUUAUACCAUAUAUAAAUUUAUAUUAAGUAAGCUAGACUACUAUAAUUAUGUAUUAAUGUCCUAUAUUUUCAAUAUCGGGUGGCUACUGCAUAUUUUUA